AUAUUGGCGCUUGUCGUCAUGAGAGCGAUCGCCAGCUGUGCAUUGUUAGCGAGUUAAUGUUUAUUUUGCGAACUACGUACUUUCACCAGGAGAAAGAGAGUACUGUGAAAUGAGAAAUAACCGCUAGUUAGAAGAGUAACACCCCAGUCACUACCUACAGAGGGGCCACAAUGACGGACAACGUAUGUAGCCAUGUGAAGGUGGUUGUUCGGGUGAGACCAGCCAACGAGACCGAGAGACAUGAAAACUGUCGAAAUGUCGUCCAGGUCGUUGAUAACCACAUGCUCAUAUUUGACCCUAAAGAAGAGGACUUGUCUUGUUUUGGGUCACAAAAACUGCGCAACAGAAACAUCAACAAGAAGGCUAACAAAGACUUAAAAUUUGUUUUUGACCACAUCUUUGAUGAGAACUCUACUCAAGUUGAUGUUUUUGAGAACACCACGAAAGGAGUGUUGGAUGGUGUGAUGAAUGGAUUCAACUGCACAGUUUUUGCUUAUGGUGCUACUGGAGCAGGUAAAACUCAUACCAUGUUGGGCUCACAAAACGACCCGGGGGUCAUGUAUCGCACGAUGAAAGAUCUAUUCAAGCGCAUGGAUGACGCUAAGGAGGAAAAAGAGUUUGCGGUUGCAUUCUCUUAUCUGGAAGUUUAUAAUGAACAGAUCAGAGACCUGUUGGCUAAUGUUGGGCCGCUUGCUGUCAGAGAGGACAGCACUAAAGGAGUGGUUGUUCAAGGCCUCACACUGCACACGCCGAAAUCUGCAGACCACAUCCUCGAGGCUUUAGAUUCUGGCAAUCGAAACAGGACACAGCAUCCCACUGAUAUGAAUGCCACCUCUUCACGAUCCCAUGCUGUAUUCCAGAUAUAUUUAAGGCAGCAGGACAAAACUGCCAGCCUCAACCCCAAUGUUCGUAUCGCCAAAAUGAGUCUGAUUGACCUCGCUGGUUCAGAGCGAGCCAGCGCCACCAACGCCAAAGGAGCUCGACUUCGAGAGGGUGCUAAUAUCAAUCGCUCUCUUCUCGCCCUGGGAAACGUUAUCAAUGCCCUGGCAGACCCAAAAAGCAAGAAGGCCCAUAUACCAUAUAGAGAUAGCAAGCUGACAAGGAUACUAAAGGACUCCUUGGGGGGCAACUGCAGAACGGUUAUGAUUGCAAAUGUUGGCCCUUCAUCCAAAUCAUAUGACGACACCCAGAACACACUUAAAUAUGCCAACAGGGCCAAGGAGAUCAAAUCCUCGCUCAAGAGUAAUGUCGUAAGCCUCGACAGCCAUAUUGGUCAGUAUGCUGUAAUAUGUGAGAGGCAGCAGCAAGAGAUUUUACAGUUGAAGCAGAAACUGAAAGAAUACGAGGCGAAGAUCGCGGUGCCUGGGGCUUCCAACACAAUCUCUUCUCAGAAACAAGCGGAGUUCAAAAGAGUGUCAGAAACUCUGCAGAGCAUCUUCUCGAGCCGUGCCCAAAUCAGACGAGAACAGCUGGAUCUGGAGAGGCAACUGAAGGCAAAUGAGCUGCGCCAGCGCUACAGUGAGGAGGACUACCUGCAGGUCCAAUACUUCUGUGCCAAAGAGAAGACAGAGAAGGCCACUUGUAAACAUGAYCGAAAGAUUGCCAGCCUGCGCACUCAGCAGCAGCACAUCUUCAAACGUUUGAAGGAGACCGAGACGCGCUUCCUGGAAAAUGACGGUUUGCUUCAUCGUGUCGAAAACGAGAUUAAGUUGCUAAAGUCAAACGAUCAGAGCUCGGAGGUGUUAGAGAAAGACUUAUAUUGCCACAGACUGGAGCUGCAGGUAAAUGAUCUCAAACAGCACAUCAAGCAGAUGGUUGAGCUCACUGCGCUGCAGGAUCAGGAGAACAAGCGUAUGCAGAAAAUGGUGAACAUGUUGUUGCCAGCUUAUAGUCGGCACUUCUCCUCGCUGCACGGGGCGGCGUUGGCCACGCCGGCGGACGAGGUGGAGAACCAGGAGCUGGAGCAGCUCGUGUUGAGGGAGAGAGGCGUGGUCUGGGCAGACCAGGAAGACGCGGGGCAACAGCCGAAAGGCGAAGAGCGCAGCGUGGAGUCGCAGGAGAGGAACGAUGGAGGAAAAGUUGGGCUCCACAGCGAGUUGGCACCUGUCCUCUGUUUCUCCUAUCUGCAAUACCAUCAGAACAGCCCCUGCAGUGCGGAGAGGCCUACCAAAAGUGCAUUACUGCGCAGUGUUGCUCCAUCACCUAAAGAUGGAGGAACACAACCAGAUAUGAAACAAAACAACCGUCCCCGAAUGCCCAUCAGGAGAAAUUUGUCUAAUUCACUCCCACCACCAAGCCCACAAGCCGUGGCCAGGGCCCAAGCAUUUGAGGACCCACUCCCACUCCGMUGCACCCCAGAACCUGUCCACAGAACAGCUCAGCCACCUGGCUCCUCCAGCAGCGUGAAUCUAAAUAUGACCUUUGAAGUCGAUAACGACGAUCAAACUUCAAGUAACGCGACCAUCAUAUUAAGCCGUGGCAGUCCACCUCAACCAUCAAAGUCUGCAAUCGUCUCAGGUCCCAGCCUAAAGAGGCAGACCCCCGAAGCAACCAGGGGUAACCCGUUUCCUUUCAAAAGAAAACACAUGGCACCUUUGCAAGACGAGAGACGACCCAACCCAACCUACAUGGGCAUGAAGUCUGCUGUGCAAGGAAAACGAAAAUUUAACCGCAGCGUCAGAGAAGAAACGACUCAGGAGUUCUCGGCUCCGAAGCGUGUAAAGAAAGACACCUCAGUGGUUCAGAGGCCGCUCAGAGUGCAGCGUUUCAUUGGUUCCGAGAACAGGCCCGGCAGAGUGGUGAGGAGCGUUUCUGAAGGGAAUCUCAACCUCCUCGGAACCCAGAAAUCUGGGUCCUUUCUCCAAAAAACCUCCCAGCAGAUCAGACGAGUGGUCAAACAGAUCUAAAGUCAGGCUCUUCUGCCUUCUUGGACAUUUUCACUCUUCCUCUCCGUCCAUAUUUGAUUUUUGUAAAUAAAACUAAAACGGACAUUCUCUCGUGUGAGUGACACUUUCACUGUUCAAGUGCAUCAUUUUCUGUUGCACUGCAGUCAAAUUUUACUUGAUUGUAUAAAACCACUGUUGUAUUUCAAGUGUUACUUCCUACAAUUCAUAGAAUCAUUUGUAUUCUAACCCGCUCUGGAUCUUUAGCUUGUGGUUGACCUCUGUUUUACAAACAUUAUGUAGUUUUAAUCCAGUGUGUAAAACAGCAAUUGUGUCUUAGGGGAUUGUCUCUCACAGGGCAGCUAGUAAAACUAAAACUACUCUGUUCAGAGCUGUUUGUUUUUAUUUUAGUUUUAUUUUGUACAGUUAAAAUUUUAGUGUUUCUAGUUACUGCAUAAUAAAAAUGUGUACUAAAACUCUGUUUUUAAGUCAUUAAAUCAUUCUUCUACAAUGAGA